ACUGGAAAAACCAUUCGAGUGACAUUAUCCUUCGAGGUGCUUUCUUGUGAUCAAAAUAAAUAAUCUUCUGCGAUCUCUAAUCAGUUCUUAGAUACAACAGUAGUAUAUUCAUCAAUAUUUCUAUUAAAAACUGGUUAAAAUGUACAUAAAAGAGUGAUCAAGAUUCUCGCGUCUGUGUUAAUUGUUUUGCUUCAUAGUUUUUUUGCUGCAUUAUUAUGCGUUCUUUAACCGCGGUCCAUGGGGUGGAUCCCUUGCCUGAUUUAGGCAUAACAUCUCGAAUACAAGGUGACGAUAAUCCCGAUGCCGACAUGGCCGGAGCGCAGGACACAAUUUACCUUUGCAAUUUUCGCGUUUCUGUCGAUGGAGAGUGGCUUUGUUUAAAAGAAUUGCACGACAUGGAAAUGCAAGAUUCCUUUACUCGACAAUCUGAUAACGGUGCCGUAACAUCGCCGGACGAUCCGAUGCAUUCUUUAAUGGCUCGAGACCCCGUAGUGAUAGAACGCAGCAAUCUCGUGAACAUCUCGAAACUAAUCGUUAAGGAGUUGAUUGAGCAAUCUCUUCGUUUUGGCCGGAUGCUAGACAGUGACCACUUGCCGUUACAUCAUUUCUUCAUUGUUCUCGAACAUGUCAUGCGUCAUGGACUUAAACCCAAGAAGGGUCUUCUUGGUCCGAAAAAGGAAUUAUGGGAUAUACUUCAGAUGGUUGAGAAGUAUUCACCGGAGGCUGCUGACAUAACAGCCAGUAUCAGGGAUUUGCCGACUGUCAAGACUGCCAUGGGACGCGCACGGGCUUGGCUUCGAUUAGCACUAAUGCAAAAGAGACUCGCAGACUACCUCAGAAUUUUAUUAGAGCAUCGUGAAGAAACUCUUGAAGAAUAUUUUGAACCGCAUGCAUUAAUGUUAAACGAGGAAGCUGUUAUUAUUACUGGAUUGUUAGUGGGCCUCAAUGUUGUUGACUGCAAUUUGUGUGUGAAGGAGGAAGACUUGGAUAGCCAACAAGGCGUGAUCGAUUUCUCGUUAUAUCUCCGUGGCAGUAAUUCCUCAAACGAUCUGUCCGGCAACGGUAAUGGUAAUAAUGAACCGAAACAACGUCACAUCAACACAAUGUUGGACCAGAAGAACUACAUCGAAGAGUUGAAUAGACACCUCAAUGCCACGGUCGCGAACCUUCAAUCGAAAGUGGAAAGUUUGACCACAACAAACGCCCUAAUGAAGGAAGACUUGGCGAUCGCCAAGAACACAAUGAUUCAACUGGUCGAAGAAAACAAUCAACUUAAACAUGCUCUAGGUCAGGACAUUACCAAAGAUAGCAGGAUGAAAGUGAUGGAGAUGCAAGCUGAGGAGGAGGAGAAGAGAAGUGUCAAGAGUAACACUUCCGAUAAAUUUAAGAAUGAGAAGGAUUCGGAAAUUGGUAAGGUACUGGAGGAGGAAAGGAAGAAGAAUGCUGAGCUACAAAAAGAACUUGAUUUGCAGAUAUCGUUGAAAGCGGAAAUGGAAGUUGCUAUGAAGCUGCUCGAAAAAGAUAUCCACGACAAGCAAGACACUAUUAUAUCACUGAGGCGUCAGUUGGACGAUAUUAAACUGAUCAACCUGGAAAUGUACAAAAAGUUGCAGGAAUGUGAAAGUUCCUUGAAACAUAAAACAGAGCUAAUUGCCAAAUUGGAAGCAAAGACUGAGUCAAUGGGCAGCACGAUACAUCAGCUCGAUGAGAAAUUACAGGAAGAUAAGUCAGCUCGAAAGAAUUUAGAAGAAAGUUCAAGAUGUCUGGGGCAGAAAACAGCUGCCGCAGAAACUCGGGCCGUAGCUGCGGAGAGCGAUCUUAGGAUAGAACGGGAAUGGAGGGUAUCUUUACAGGAAUCAAUGAUGCGGGAUCGAGACAAAAUAUCAAUUCUGACUCAAGAAGUGGAGUCUCUAAAAGCAAUCGGACAGAAAUAUAUGGCAUUACAAGAAGAACAGCACCAACUCAAAAUCCAAUACAAUGAAGCUCAAAAAACCUUAGAAGAAGUUGGAGCGACACUUAGCGAAAAUAAAUUGCAGCUCGCAGAGUUGUUAGAGAAAGAAGCUAGAACGUCAGAUGAUACUCCAAACUGGACGAGCGAUAAAGAUGCGGUAGCCUGUGCUGCUUGUGCUAAAGAAUUUACUAUCGCGAGACGAAAGCACCAUUGCCGAAGAUGUGGUCACAUAUUCUGCGGAGCGUGCAGUGAAAAAACAGUCGCUUUAGCUGGCAACACCAAACCUGUUCGUGUGUGUGACGCCUGUUUCACAGAAGUUAGACUAACGUAACACUGAAUAUAAUAUAUUCAAGACUGAACCAUGUUGACUAUGUUUAUUAAAUAAAUGAAAUUCAAUUUUUAUCCCGUAUCUUAAAAUUGUUUUUGAACAAACUUACAAAACUAUGUAACUACUACGUAAGUUAAUGCCUAAGAUGUUGUAUAGUUCAUGUUUUUAGGAAAAAGUUCUAAGUGAUCUUGUAGUUGUGAAUUACAUGAUUUACACAAUCUCCAAACUAAUUUAACAGGAUUUAAAAACAUUUAUUUGGCACAUAUAAUUAAUUACAAGUCUUUAAAAACAAUACAUUAUGAUACAAAAACAAAACUAGGAGUAUAAUAUUUCACAAUACGUGCACAGACAGCGUAAGUAGACAACAUUAACUGGUUACUUAGACUCUUUAAAUUAAAAAAUAAAUAUAGAUUUCGUGAGUAAUUCAGAAAACAAAAAUGAAAAAUAUUCAUGAAUAUUUAUAUAUUAAAAAUGGCUCCAAUGUUCUUUUUAAAACCGUAAUAAUUACAUCCCAUUCUUAUUGUUAAAAGGAUAACGAGUCGUUUAAUCAUCUUAAAUUAGUUUAGUGAUUGUUUAUAUAACAAUCAGCACCAAUAUAGACAUUGCUUUUAGUUUUAGUAGUGUUAUAUAAUGUAUUAAGUUUUAUUUCAUAACUAAAUAUUUUUAAAUCACAUAAAAUGUUGCGUUAGGCCCAUUUAUUAUACCUUAUAUUUAUAAAGUUACGGUUUCAAAUAUGAAAUAGACAUCGAAUAUCAAACGGUUAAUAAGGUGUUUCGGGGAUCAAAUGACAAUUAUUUUUAUCGCAAAAAUUAAUUUAUUAUUAAUUAACGCCUACUUUCCACUAGUCUGUAUAUAAUGUCGAUAGAUUGGAGCAUCUAUCGUUUCACAGGUUGCCUCACAAAACAUAUAAAUGGUAUGAAAAAUAAAGUGAAGCUAUACUCUACUUCAGAGCAACCUCUCAUUUUAUACCGAAGCUCAGAGUAAUCUUUGCAAAAUAUCAGCUUGAAUUCACGACAAUCCAUUGUGGAUUGUCGUGCCAUAAGAGUCAUCCUCGAUAUAUCGUUACCCCAGGCUAUGAUCUUUAUAAUGAGUAUCGUAAGAUAGUUGGUGCUCAUGUAUUACUUUAUAUCCUUAACCGUUUUAUCAUCGGACCUGCUGAGAAUUUACUAACCUUCGCGUUAAUGACAUUUAGAAUGAAGCUAUUUAAAUUCCGAAUGUCGGAUACGAAAAGCCAAAGUGUAGAACACUCGUCCGGCGUCUGCUGGUUUUCCUAAGUUAUACGAACCGGCUAUAUUAAAGGAAUGAGUAAAUAAAUAUGUUCUGCCUAAUAGCGUUAACAAUAUACUGUUAAAAAAAAUGCGAUGGCAUUUUAUUCCUUGUCCUUUUUGUGUCGUAUUAUUGUUGUGUCAUCGUAAUAUUAAAGCUUGUUUCUGUAUAUUUAUUAAAUGAUAUGUCUAAUUUAUUCUACAAUAUUUAAUGAUUUUCCAUUAAACUAAAAACAUCAUUAAGAUUGUGUUCAAAAUUAUAUCAAUUUAAUAAAAUGUUUAUUGAUGAAAACGCAAUAUUCACUCAUACAUCAACAUUCUAUUGAUUCAAUGAAAAAUAAAUAACUACAUUUGUCUCGAUAAUAUAGUGGAAAAAUUAAAACAAAUGAGAAAUCGGAAGUGCAUUGUACCCCCUCAAUUUAGACGGCAGCGAUGUUAUCAAUUCUCAGCGUUACAGCCUUGCGUAAUGUAUUGGAAAGCGAAUCGGGAGAUAGCAGGAAACUAAACAUACCGGCAAAACUUUAGUGCAAAUAUUCAUGUAAAUGUUCGUGAAUCGAUAUGAAUCUUUGCCCUUUUACGUUGUCGUUGCCUUUAUCGUAUAUUAGCGUUGUGUUUGCAGUUUCGUGAUUACUAUCGGGGUUAUUUUUAACAAUAUUUUAGCGCGUUCAUAUAAAACAGUAUGUAUAUAAAGUAAUACAAAAAGAUGGCCCUUUCAAACUGUGGCAAGUAUGAGUUCCAAAUAAUUAAUGUAUGCUUGUCUAAAUAUGGUCUCGAACUUAUUUCUAUUUGAUAAUAGAUUCGCUAUAUAAUUAAUUAAAAACUGUAUAGUUUAUCAAUUUUAAAUUUUUACGUUGAUUUGACGUACUGAAUCUAAUCUCUAUUGUAUUUUUUUAUUAGUUUUGUUUUAAUUUACUAAUUACAAUACGUUUUAAAAUAAUCUA